CGGCCGCCCGACCGCCGCGGCGAACCCCCCGCCGCUCGGCACCCCGCCUCUCGCCCCCCCCCCCCGCCCGCGGGGGGGGGGAUGAGCGCGAGCGCAGCCGCCGCUGGGGAGCCGCCGCGCUUCGGCUCGCAGGUUCCCUUCGCCGAGCCCGGGCACCUGCAGGGGCAGCGCUCCCGGCUUUCUUCGGGGAGAGCCACCUGCGGUGGCGGAAGCCGCUGCCGCGAGUUCGUGGAGCGCGAGUUGGUGCCCUUCGUGGACGCUUGGGACGAGGCGGGCGACGUGCCGGGCGACGAGCUGCGGGCCAAGGCGUACGCGGCCGGCAUCUUCGGGGCCACGUGGCCCCGGGAGUACGGGGGCACGCCGCCCGAGGGCAGCGAGGGCCCGUGGCACGGCUUCGGGGAGGGCACGAGGGUCGACCCCUUCUUCGACCUCGUCCUCGCCCCCGAGGACGAGUUGGCGCGCUGCGCGUCCGGGGGCGUGCUGGUGAGCGUGUUCGGGGCGACGGGCAUCGGCCUGCCGCCGAUCUUGGCGUUCGCCAGCGAGGAGCUGAAGGCCCGGGUCGGCCCCCCGUGCGUCACCGGGAGGAAGACCUGCUGCCUGUGCGUCACGGAGCCGGGCGGCGGCUCCGACGUGGCCGCCAUACAGACCACGGCCGUGCGGGAGGGGGACUUCUUCGUGGUCAACGGCGCGAAGAAGUGGAUCACGGGAGGGCUGAAGGCCGACUUCUUCACUGUCCUCGUCCGCACUGGAUCCAGCGGCGAGGGCCGCAGCGGCGCGAGCAUGCUCGUGCUCGAGCGAGGCAUGCCCGGCAUAAAGAUGAGGCGCAUGCAGACACAGGGCUGGUGGGCCUCGAGCACCACAUACAUUCGAGGAAGGAAAGAGUUCGAGGACGUCAGGGUGCCCGUUGGCAACCUCGUCGGGAGCGAGGGCUGGGGCUUCAUGUACGCGAUGGUCAACUUCAACCACGAGCGCUUCUCCAUGGUGGCCCACUCGUUGAGGUACUCACGCAUCUGCGUGGAGGACGCGAUCAUGUUCGCGAGACGGCGUAAGACGUUCGGCAAGCGGCUCAUCGACCACCAGGUCAUACGGCACAAGAUCGCCGAGAUGGCCAGGGGGCUGGAGGGCACCGAGCGGGCACUGGAGAACUACACCUACCAGGUGAAGUCCGGGGUCCCCGACCACGAGCUCGCCGGCUACAUCUCCCUCGUGAAGGUCGGAGGCUCCAAGCUCAUGGAGUUCUGCGCGCGCGAGGCCAGCCAGAUCCUGGGGGGCCAGAGCUUUACCCGCGGCGGCGCAGGGGGGCGCAUCGAGCGGAUCUACCGCGAGGUGCGGGUGAUGGCCAUCGGAGGAGGCAGCGAGGAGGUGAUGCUGAACCUGGCGAUGGCGCAGGCAAAGCUGUGA